AUACUUGUUCUCCAAUGCAACUCUCAAUUUAAAUACAUACAAAUAUAUAUAUAUAUAUAUAUAUGCAUAUAAAAUGUUCUAUAUCUGUAGAUUGAGUAAAUAUCAUACUGGUAAUUGAUUUCGGUUUUCAAGUAUAUCAACUUUCAAACAGACUUUUGUCCAUCUUCAAUUCAAUAUUUCAAACUUUUUCACUCAUUCAUGGCGGUUCCAUGUUCAUGAAUCUCUUUUCUUUUUCUUUUUUUGUUUGAAUCUAAUUUUGCAGAGUCAGGCUUGGAAUAGUCCUCACAACAACUGGAAAUGUGUACUGGACUUGAUUUUCUUGCGGAUUGGUUCGGUAAAUAUUCUAAUUCUCUCUUCUUUUUUCCUUCCACUCAAAAAACGAAUUAGAAUUCAAUUCCGCGUAGAGUUUGAUUUUAUAUUCUCACGUUUUGAUGGUCAAUUUGAUCUGGGUUUCUGUUUUUUUGUUGAUCCAAAGUCCCUGAACCUUGAUUUUAUUCUUUCUUUGAUUUUGGGUUCAAGCUUGUUUCUGUGAUUUAUAGAUUCAAUUUCUCUCUAAUUCUCUAUCAAUGGAGGCUGAUAGUAGUCGACAUCAAUGUCGGUUGUUCUCUGUUCCAUUGGAAACUACCAAUGGAUAUGUAAAUGGGUUCAGAGAUUUAGCUUCUAACAACAUAGAAUUUAAACUUUCUGGUAGUGAAGAUCAUGAUCAUGAUCAAGAUCAAGAUCAAUCAAUUUCAGACUGUGAAAGUGGGAUAUCAGGACCAAACAUUGAGCAAUCUCAGUUGUUUGGUGAUGGGUUAAUCAAAGUUCCUGAAGAUGAUAAGUUGCACGAGUUCAUCAACCGAAAAUUCAUUUCGGGUUUGGGGUCUCUCGGAAUGCAUACCUCUGUAGUUUCAAUCCACAGAAAUUCUUGUUCUAGCUUUCUAGGACAAGCUAGGCUUCAAUCGUUUCAUGUUUUUGCCCGCGCAAUGGAGAAGAAGUGUGUCGGUAAUGCGAAUUUGAGGUAUGCUUGGUAUGGUGCUUCUAAGGAUGAGAUUGGCAAGAUUAUCACUCAUGGUUUUGGUCAUUGUGGGGGUGCUGGGAACAAUGGAUUGUAUGGUUGUGGCAUCUAUCUCUCUCCCGAUGAUUCAUCUAUUGAUAGUUUGAAAUCUUCCAUUGUUGAUGAAGAUGGGUUAAGGCAUGUGUUGCUUUGUCGCGUUAUCUUGGGAAACACUGAACUUGUCCAUCCCGGGUCUGAACAGUUUCAUCCGAGUUCUGAACAGUUUGAUUCUGGCGUCGACAAUCUUGUAUCUCCUAAGAAGUAUAUAGUGUGGAGUACCCACGUGAAUACUCACAUUUUGCCAGAGUACAUCAUAAGUUUCAGAGUUACUUAUCCAUCAACGGGUUGGCACAGGAUACCAACUUCGCCGUGGAUGCCAUUUUCUACUCUGAUCUCAGUACUUUCUAAGUUCUUACCUACUCAUGCCAUUAGUUUAAUUUCCAAGUAUCAUGCUCAUCAUAGAGAAAAAAAAAUGGCGCGACAUGAAUUCAUACAGCGAGUGAGACAGAUAGCAGGAGAUGAGUUGUUAAGUGCUGUCAUCAAAUCUUUCAGAGGCAAGCGACCUGAUUUUUUGCCAAAAAAUGACUCAACCACAUUUCACCGAUGGUGUGAGAAAAACCCACAAUGAAGGCAUGGCGGAUGAAUUGAUCGUUGUUGUAAGUGUUCAUAUCAUGGUUUUAAAUAACAGUUUUAGAAUAUAUAUCAGUAUCAGUGAUACAGUCAUAUAUCGGCUAAUAUAGAACAAUAUGAUAUGAGUCAAAAACAUAGGAGAUGGCAAUGUAUGAAAUUUACAUAUUCUCUCAGUUCAAAAAAACAUAUAUAUAUAUUAUUGCAGCAGUAGAUGGUUAAUUA